CAUCCUUCCCCUUUUUUUCGCGCCAUUCGCCAUGCUAACCAUGCAGCCUGUGCACCAGCUACCACGGCCCAGUAUGCCCAGCGUAAGCUGGAGACAAGGUGCCGUGCCCACCGGCCCCGUCGUCCCACGGCGUUCCGCCGUUCCGGUGCAACGCCGGCGGUCCGCCGCCACGGCCCUGGCGACCGCGGUCGCGUGGCAGAGGAGGCUGCCGAAUGUGCUCACAGCGAUGCGAGUGCUGAUGGUUCUUCCCAUCGUGGUGUUGUUCUACACCCGGCGCAGCCACCUCUGUGCCUUGCUCUUCGCAGUGGCUUCCCUGACGGAUUUCCUGGACGGCUAUCUGGCACGGCGCUGGCAGGUGCAGUCGCCCUUUGGGAAGUUCCUGGACCCGGUGGCUGACAAGCUGUUGGCUUCAGCUGUCCUGGUGCUGCUCCCGUCCACGUCCAGCUCCACGGCGCCGCUACUGGCGGUGCCCGCGGUGCUAAUCAUCCUGCGUGAAAUCUUGGUCAGUGCCCUCCGAGAGUGGACCGCCCUGGCAGGCGAAAGUGCCUUGAGCCAAGUGGGUGUCCUGGGCAAGUUGAAGACUGCCACGAUUCUCAUCAGUCUCUGUGGCUUAUUGGCCUCAUCGGAAGAAGCUUUUCAGUCCAUGGUUUUCACAGGUUCGCUGGUGCUUCUCUAUGUGGGGGCCAUCUUGGCAUAUGUUUCCAGCGUCGACUACAUCAUCAAGUCGCUGCCGGCUUUCCGCUCCAAAAACUGACAGAGGAAGACCAUCAGCCCUGACCGGCCAUACCCAAUCAAAAUGAUACUUGUGUGAUACUUGUGUGGAUUGUAGGCUGCUCUACGACUCUACGGUAUGGGUUGAUCCAUGUUGAUCCAUUGACCAUGGACCAUCACGGGCGGUCGAGCAGUCGAGCACCAUUGCCGUGCAGCCAUCGCGGUGGCGUGAUGA